ACACCAGACAACUGAACGCUGCUACGUUAUCAAUUCAAUGCAACGCGUCAGCUUUUUAAACAAGCUAAUUAAUUAUUAUUUAUUUUUAAAUUAUUAAUUGGCGGAUCCGCCGCAAUUAAAGCGAUAGAGGAAUGGAGACCCUGUACCACCAGACCAACCAUGCGGUAAAGGAAAUAGAGCGGGACUUCCAGCGGCUGAGUCAACUGAGUGCCCAGGAAUCCCUUGACGUGGAAAACGGAAUUCAACUGAAGAUAACACAGGCCAAUUCAAACUGCGACCGGUUGGAUGUGCUGCUCUUCAAGGUGCCGCCAUCGCAGAGGCAAAGCUCCAAGUUGCGGGUGGAUCAACUUAAGUAUGACCUGAGACACCUACAGACGGCGCUGCAAACCGCUCGGGAGCGCAGGCAACGGCGGAUGCAGGAACUCUCCGAGAGGGAACAGCUCCUUAACCACAGAUUCACGGCCAACAGCUCCGAGCCGGAGGACACACGCCUGAACCUAGACUACGAACUGCAGCACCAUUCCCAGCUGGGCAACGCCCAUCGCGGAGUCGACGACAUGAUAGCCUCGGGCAGCGGCAUCCUUGAAAGCCUAAUCUCCCAAAGAAUGACUCUGGGCGGAGCCCACAAACGAAUCCAGGCCAUUGGCAGCACACUGGGCCUAUCCAAUCACACAAUGAAGCUUAUUGAACGCCGCCUAGUCGAGGAUCGUCGGAUAUUCAUUGGCGGAAUGGUUGUCACUCUGCUUAUCAUUGCCCUCAUCAUUUACUUCUUAGUGCUCUAAGCUACAAGUGGUAAAGCUGAAAUUUUAACAUUAAAUGUACUCUAUUUUUAAAGCA